CGGGGGCGGAGCCGCCGUCGCGGCGUGGCCGCGGCUGGGAGCGGGAGAGGCGGUGGUGCGCGCAGAUCGUACGGCCGAUCGGGGCUGAUCGGGGCAGGGGGCUGCGGCGCGGCUCCACCGGCGGCCGCAGAGUUUUCAAUGCCAGAAGAACAAAGUAAAACUACAAUGGCAGUCGAUGAACUUCAAGCCAUAAUACAAAGAUGUCAAAUUCUGGAAGAAGCUGAUUUCAAGGGAGAAGAUUUUAAUCUCUUUCAGGUAGCAGGUCAGAAAUGUUUAGAAGAUGGAUGUGCUGCUCAGUUACUAGAAGUAAUUAAAAAUGAGAAAAAUAAGGACAGGAUUUCAGAUGAUGUACUGCGUCUGGCUGGCAUGGAGUUGAUUUUCUUCAUGGUAGUCUGUAUGAUGCUGCAUUGUAGAUCUGUGACCAAAGUAGCGUUGGUUAUCAUCAAGAAUAUGGGUUGGAAUCUCAUCUCUCCUCUUGUUAGAUGCAUUUUCAUGUAUGAACAGAAAGAUGAUAAGCGAGAACAGUGCCUGAAGAUACUAGAUCAGUUGGCACAGCUAUGCAAUCCCAAGGAACUUUUUUUGGGUUUACUUGAGCAGAUUGAGCAGACCUCUGGAGAGCAAGUGUGCCAAACUGUGAUGUUAUUGCUUCAGCCUUUGCAGACAGUACUUUUGAAACUUCAGAACAAGAAGGCUUACUCAGUGGGUUUAUCUUUGGCCGUGAUUAUGAAUCAGCUUACUCCCUUACCUGUACCAUAUACAAGACAACAAAUAGAAGAAGAUAAACUUGGUCUCUGUCAAUGUUGUAAUGCAGUGGUGGAUUUUGCUAAGCCUUUUGUGAAUGAAGCUGUUAAAAACAUGGAAAAAUCAUCAGAAUACAAUGACAUGGAGCUGAAAGAAGAAUUAUUAAAAUUCUGUAUGAAAAGCCUGAGGUACCCAUUGUUGACAGCUCAGUUUGAACAACUUGAAGGCAUUGAAGAACAUCCUUUUCGGCGUUUUGCAACUGAAAUUAUAGACAUUUUGUGGGACAUAAGAGAACUGAUACCAUUGGUGUUUUCACAUCGUAAAGGCAAAAGUCCACUCUGGGAGAAUCAGGAGUUUGCAGACAUAGAGCAAAAGAAUGAUGCAGAUUCUUUGGCAUGUCUGUCAUAUCUAAUGUUUGUUCAGCAUUUUGGUAUUGAUUGCUUUCCCAUAGUAUUUAGCCCAUCAUAUCUUCUGCAAUGCAAUAUGAUACAUAUUGAAGUGCUACUGAAAAGAACAGAAGAAUCAAUAUUAUCUAAAGGACUUGAUCUUUUUGAGAGCUGUUUAUUGAGAAUGGAAGAUAAUAGCCUUCUCCAUCAGUAUUUAGAAUUCAGAGAUUUUAUUAGCAUACCUCAGGAUUUGGUGAAAGUUAUGACACUUUGUCCCAUAGAGCAUCUGAGAAAAAAGAGUUUAAGUAUUUUGCAGUUGUUCAUAGACAAGUUUGAUGCAGAGGGAAAAUACACCCUAUUCAGGUGUUUACUGAAGACAAGUAACCAUGCUGGUGUGGAAGGAUACAUCAUUAAAAACAUAAAAGAUCAGAUUCACUUAUCAUUAACGAAGGCAAGUGACAACAUUUGGUUUACAGGACAUCACCUGGUCUCCCUUCUAGGUUUAGUAUUUUUGCUUCCAGAAGGUGCCGAGACAGAUCUGCUGCAAAACUCAGAUAGGAUUAUGGCGUCACUAAACCUACUGAGAUACUUAGUCAUUAAGGAUUGUGAAAGUGACAAUCAAACUGGUGUAUGGGCUGCACUUGCCAACAUUGAGCACAAUUUUUUAAAACCACUCCGUGUAGGACUCAAUAUGUCAAAAGCACACUAUGAAGCAGAAAUAAAGAAUAAGAAAGAAAACAGAAGAGAAGCUCACAGUUCUACCACAGUUAGUUCUGUAACUGUUAGUGGGGAAAAGAUGCCUGCUAUGACUACUGAAAUGCAGCUCCAGGUUUUACACUCAGCUCUAUUCACCUUUGAUUUAAUAGAAAGUGUUCUAGCUCGAGUAGAAGAACUCAUGGAAGUGAAAAUAAAAGCUGUAAUGGAUGAAAAUAGUUAGGUCAGGUGAAGUAUUUGAAUUAACGUAUUUCUUACAUAUCAGUUUGACUCUGAGGCUUUAGUUGAAAAGGAGGCUAUCAACCUUUACAGAAGAGCAAUUAAGAGUGGACUCUAGAACAAUUGCAAAUGCUCCUCUUCCUCAAUCUACUUGCUGUUCUUUUUCAUUUUCUGUCGCUGCUGUUGUAUGCAGUUCACAGAGAUGGCCUAUUUACGUCUCUCUUCAGAACGAUGCUUUAUAUUAGUGUAGAAACUGAUAACUAGGGGCUUUUUUUGUUCUCAGGCUGUGGCAAGGAGGUAGGGUUGUACAUUCAUUUUUCUGUUAAUUUUCAAAAUUUGUUAGAUUGUAUUUUCUGAUUGGUGUUGUAAAUUACAAAGAUAAAAAGUGACUGGAGAACCAUGAAUUAAAAAAGCACUGUUUAAGCACAAGGCAUUUUUAUUAGCACUUUUUAAUAUUGACAAACAAGCUCCUCUAGUUACAACCAGGACUGUAAGGUAGAGGGAGAUAACAGUAGAAACAUGGCAAAGGAAACCAGGUUUGAAGAAAAAAACCCAACUCUAAGCCAAAUAAGGUGUUAGUAACACCGUAGUAACACAAAAGGUAACAUUUGUUUAAAGACCACACUGUGCAAGAUUUCAGACAUGUUUGUGUAUGUGUGGGAAACCUUUAUUUUUGCAUUCUUUUUAUCUUUAAGGAUUAAAUGUUUCCUUAAAAUAUAUUACAUAUUUGGGGAAAUUGUAGAAAGCAGAAGACUCCUAAGUUCAGAAUCAAGUUAAAAAUAUGGAUGGCUUUUCUGUAGUGUAAUUAAACCACUUCUUUUCUUAGAUGGCAUAUUUGGGACAAUGUAUGUUAUUUUUCUCUGUAUAGUUAUUUAAUAUAAAUAUUCAUUCUAAAUGCCUAAGUUGUAUAUAGAGCCCUUUGAAAAGUAACUAUAUUUUUACCAACAUUCUGUAACUUGUUUAAAAUGUAGCCACUUUAUUUAUGAAUAAAACGCCCAAAUACUAAAUUAAUUAUGCUGCUGGUAGUCCUGAAGCAUCUUCCAAACUGGACUGUUUUCUAUUAUUUGAGCUUUUGUCAUUGCCAUUUUGAAAUAAGUAUCAUCUGCCUGUGGCUUGGAAGUUAUCUUAGAGGAAAGAAAAAUAUUAUGAAUAGGACACAGUAACUCUUGAGCAAUGGGAUAUUCAUCAUCUUAUUUUUCAGCUUGUACAAAUAUAAUAUUAUCCAGCCGUGAAAUGUUUUCUGAAGCAGAUAUUUGGGAAGGUUGUACAGAGAGGUGAUUUGGUGUAUCCCUUUAGGUGCAAUACCAGUCCUAAAACAACCAGGCCUGUCAGCAUCUGAUUAUCUGGAUAGUAUUUCAACAGGAGCUGGGUAUGGUAUCAGUUGAUAUUGCUCCCUUGGCCAUGUCUGUUAAUAUGGGGCAAAAAAGGUAAAUUUUUAGCCCCUAUAUCAGUAAGGGACUCUCUGCAAGAAGAUGAGCUUGUUGGACUGAUUCUGUGUUGCAUCAGCAAGAAUAUAAUGGCAACCAACAGAUUUGUGGUAUAUACUGUCAUCAGUUCUUCUGAGGCUGUCCUGCUGAAGUUUGGUGUAAACAUUCAGAACCAGUGGCAAAGCAAAUUCAAGUUUAUAGGAUCAGUAGUAAUCUGAAAAGCUUUGAGGUUAAUGCUGUACUAAGAGUGUCAGACAGCAGUAGAUUCCAUAAAAUGUGCAGUGUUCAAAACUGUAGUGUUUAACAGCUUUUGCCCCAUUAAAAAUGAUGAAUACUCUGAACAGGUUAAUGCUUAUUAUUUUGAGAUGUCCACUUCAGGAAAGGAUAAAAUGUAAUCAAGUAUUUGAUUCAUGUCAUUCAACCUGCUCUUUUUAUUUUUGGUACAUGGGAUGCCGCUAGCAAUGUUACAGUUAGCAUCUAAGUUAGAAUUUUCAUUGAAAAAUGUUCUCUAAACAGGUUCAGUAAAUAGUUUUAGUAAGAUGUUGAUGCAUACAGGAUAGGUCGCAGAUACUAGUGUAUCAUUUCUACAGCUUAACGCAUGUAACUUACCUGUGUAUCUGUGUCAUUAAAAAUUCAGAAAUAAUUAGUUUGCAGAUGGGCAUUUUUACUUUAAGUUGAACUCAUUACAUAUUUAGAUCUUAGUUCUGAACUAGUAAAUGAAGACAUCCUAACUUAACAGUGGUAAGAGCUGAAUUAGCUCUUAAAUAUCUGUCUUCAUAGAUGUUAUUAAGAGCUUUUAAAGUUACCGUUAACAAUAAAGAAGAUAAAGCAUCAGAAUUAACAGUCCUACCUCAGUGUACUACUUGGGUUGUUAAGUUCCAUUAAGGAAUGUAGUGGUUUUGCCUGGGCCAGGUUUCGGUAGCAGGGGAGCUACAGGGGUGGCUUCGUUAAACAAAGAGCUGCCAGAAGCUUCCCCUGUAGCUGACAGGGCUAAGGCCAGUCAUUUUUAAGAUGGACCCUGCACCUGACCAAGGCCUGGCCAAUUAGUGAUGGAGGUAAUGCCUCUGUGAAUAAUGUAUUUUAGAAGAAGUUGCUGCGCAGUUGCCAAACUGCAGAAGCAACAGGGAGUGAGAAUGUGAAAACAUCUCCACAGACACCAAAGUCAGUGGAGAAGGAGGGGGAGGAAGUGCCCAAGCACCGAAGGAAACAUUCCCCUGCGAUCUGUGGUAAGGCAGGCCCUGCCUCUGCAGUCCAUGGAGGCCACAGGGGAGCAGAGAUCCACUUGCAGCCCGUGGAGGACCCCACACCGGAGUGGGUAGAUGCCUGAAGGAGGCUGUGACUCCAUGGGAAGCCCACGUUGGAGCAAGUUCCUGGCAGGACCUGGACACCUGUGGGAAGUGAGGAGCCCACACCAGAGCAGGUUUGCUGUGGGGACUUGUGACCCUGUGAAGGACCCACGCUGGAGCAGUCGGUACCUGAAGGACUGUUCUCUCGGUGGAUGACCCAUGUUGGGGCAGGGUGUGAGGAGCUGCCCCUGUAGGAGGCCCCAUGCUGGAGCAGUUCAUAAAGAGCAGUAGCCCAUGUGAAGGACCUAUGUUGAAGAUGUUUGUGAGGGACUGUCUCCCAUGGAGAGGAACCCCACACUGUAGCAGUGGGAAGUGUGAUGAGGCCUUCCCCUGAGAAGAAACAGUGGCAAAGUCCAUCUGUAAUGAACUGACCGCAACUCCCAUCCCCUGUGCCACUUGAGGCCGAGUCCUGGGAAUAGGGAGGGGUGAAGGGAGGUGUUUAAAGAUUUGCUUUUAUUUCUUAUCUCCCUGUUCU